AUGGCGGAUGCCGGUGAAGACCCCACCAUGUUCACUGCCCACUCUCUGCCCAGUGACCCCCGGCUCUGGGCCACCGUGACCAACGCGUACUUGGGCACACGCGUGUAUCAGGAUACCCUGCACGUGAAUGGUGUAUACAACGGGGCCUUGGGGGACACACACCGAGCCGUUCUGCCCAGUCCCCUCAACGUCCAGCUGGAGGCCCCCGCGGGGACGGGAGAGCAGCUGACCACGACCUUUGUCCUGGACACUAACACAGGCUCCUUUCUGCACACUCUGGGGGCCUCCCGCUUCCGGGCCUCGCAGUGCAUCUAUGCCCACCGCACACUGCCGCACGUCCUGGCCUUCAGCGUGUCCAUCACCCGCCUGGCUGCGGGGAGCUGGCCCAUCACGGUGCUCCUGCGGUCUGCCUUCUCCCCAGAAAGCCCGGACUUGGACCUGCACCUGGGUCCUGAUGUCCAGGGAGCCCGGUACCUGUAUGGCCGCACACUCACCCCUGAGCAGCCUGGGGGGUCACAGCAGGAGGUGCACAUGCUGUGGACUCCAGUGCCCCCAGCCCUGACCCUUGGGGAGGGCGAAGAGGAUAGGACCUGGGAGUUCCUGACCGUGGUGGGCAGCAGCCAGGAGGAGGCCCGGGCCUGCCUCACUGAGGCCCAGCAGCUGCAGGCGGGGGGUGCUCUGUACACUGCCCACGUCCAGGCCUGGGCCCAACUCUGGGAAGCCUGUGGCCUGGAUGUGGUGGGGCCCCUGCCUCUGCGCCAGGCCCUGCGUGGUGCCCUCUACUACCUGCUCAGCGCCCUGCCCGAGGCCGGGGUCCCAGGAUAUGUCUGCCAUGGACUCAGCCCUGGCGGCCUCUCCAACGGGAGCCGCGAGGAAUGCUACUGGGGCCAUGUGUUCUGGGACCAGGAUCUCUGGAUGUUCCCCAAUGUCCUCCUGUUCCAGCCAGAGGCUGCCAGGGCUCUCCUGCAGUACCGCAUCCAGACGCUGGGUGGAGCCCUGGACAACGCCCGGAACUUGGGCUACCCGGGAGCCAAGUUCGCCUGGGAGAGCGCCGGCUCUGGCCUGGAGGUCUGCCCCGAGGACGUGUACGGGACCCAGGAAGUCCACAUCAACGGGGCCGUGGUGCUGGCCUUCCAGCUGUACUACUACAGCACCCAGGACCUGCAGCUCUUCAAAGAGGCUGGUGGCUGGGACGUGGUCAGUGCUGUGGCCGAGUUCUGGUGCAGCCGUGUGGAGUGGUGCCCUGCAGAGGAGCAGUACCACCUGAAGGGAGUCAUGCCCCCCGACGAGUACCAUUCAGGGGUUAACAACUCCGUGUACACCAAUGUCCUGGUUCAGAACAGCCUUCGGUUUGCUGCUGCCCUGGCCCAGGACCUGGGUCAGCCUGUCCCUGGCCAGUGGCUGGCGGUGGCUGAUAAGAUCAAGGUGCCCUUUGACCUGAAGCAGAACUUCCACCCCGAGUUUGAUGGGUACGAGCCUGGAGAGGAAGUGAAACAGGCAGAUGUGGUGCUCCUGGGGUACCCUGUCCCCUUCUCCCUGAAUCCUCAAGUUCGCAGGAAAAACCUGGAAAUUUACGAGGCUGUGACAUCCCCUCGAGGCCCCGCCAUGACCUGGAGCAUGUUUGCCGUGGGCUGGAUGGAGCUGAGGGACGCCGGGCGGGCGUGGACACUCCUGGAGAGGAGCUUCGGCAACGUCACCGAGCCCUUCAAGGUGUGGACGGAGAAUGCAGACGGGUCCGGUGCCGUGAACUUCCUGACAGGCAUGGGGGGCUUCCUGCAGGCGGUGCUCUUUGGGGUCACAGGGUUCAGGAUCACCAGGGCUGGUGUGACCUUUGACCCCAUGUGUCCGGCGGGAGUCUCUGGCGUGUGUGUCUCCGGCAUCUCCUACCAGGGGAACAGGCUUCACUUCUCGUUCUCUGAGGGCUUGGUGACGGUCCAGCUCCGCACCCGAGCAGGACCCCAGGCACCCCCACUGGAGGUCGAGCUGUGGCCAUCACGGGCUCGGCUCCCCCUGCCCCUAGGACACAAGAUCUCCUUCCCCUGCUCCGCUGGCCGGAUACAAAGGUCACUCUCGUAGGAAGCAGAGGCAGCAAGUUCUGCUCCAAGAAUAUCCGGGAAGAACUUUGAAGACGUUGGAGCCCACAGCAUCCCCUCUGGGACACCUUGGGGCCUUCCAGCCCCACAGAACCCCUGCCUGGUGCUGUCCUGGGCCCUGCCCCUGACCCACCAGUGCUAGUGGCUUUAGGGGCGUCUCUCAGGUCCUCCCCUGUGGCACUUCCUAUGUGGGGGCCCCAGUUGGCUGCACCCUCUCCUCUUGGUCGCCCCCCUGGCCUGCCGUCUGCCUCCCACCCACCCUCAGCUGGCAGCCACGCUCAUGGGCUCCAGCACAGGUCUGGACUCGUUGGCCUGAAGUUCAGGACUGCGUCUGGUCUGAGCUCCUUCCCUGCCUAAGCCCCACGGACGGACGGAGGCUCACCCAUUGCUUCCCACACACCGGCACCUGCCAGGCCUCGAGGCCCUUCCCCAGCGGCGUGGGGCUUGGCAGACAGCUCUGCUUGGGAGGCAGGCUCAGGCCUGGGUGUGGGGGGCCUCGGGGUUGAAGGGUGUCGGGGGGUUCGCCCUGCGGAAUGGGUCUCAGCUGCAGCUACACCACAAAGAACUUUAUUUCACGAUACUGAGAGUCAGUCAUGGUUGGUCCAGGUGUUCUUGGCUGUCGUGGGUCCUUGACUCCUCUGCCUCUGGGCCACUUCAGUCGGACAAGCCCGGCACCGCCUUUCCUCAGCCAGGCGGGGUGUGGAGCAAGUCCCCGUACCUUCUCUCCCCAGCGGAAGGACCCAGCCCAGUAUACACGGGCUCAAGGCUACGGCCCUGGGCCCAUCUGUCCGGGGCCGGCUGCUCUGGGCUGGAGGCUCUGCCCAGCUUCCGCUGGGGCCCGAGCCCUGCAGUUGGCACAUCAAACGGG